UCGCUUCUUAAAUGUAGGGUUUGCAACAUGAUCACAAUGAGCAGAGUUUUCUUCCUUCUCACCAUCGACUCCGAGUCUAUAUAAGAACCACUCCAUGUUCUCUCGCCGGCUUUUGCCCACCCUUUUCUGCAUCAUAGCAAUCGCCAUCUACAAUCCAUCCAUCACGGCUCCACUAACCAAGAAAGCCGCCCAACUGGGUAUCAAUUUCCUCUCCGCAUUCCGCAACCUUCCCAAACCAAACCUUAUCAAAAUCAUCAACCCCUCCACCAUGACAUCCAAACCCACCCCCUCCGCCCCCUUCGUCGGCUUCCCCGUCAUCCCCCCCAACCACACAUGCACCCACACCCCCCGCACCCUCUCCCGCAUCCUCCCCUCCCGCGACCAACCCGAAGGUGCCGGCGCCCGCGUCCGCCGCACCAUUGGCACCCCCUCCCUCCGCAACCUCACCCCGUUCCUCAUGCUCGACCACUUCCGCAUCUCCGCCGACGCCGGGUUCCCCGAUCACCCGCACCGCGGCCAAGAAACCAUCACCUACCUCAUCUCCGGUGGUGUCGACCACGAGGACUUUGCGGGGAACAGGGGGCGGUUGGAGCCAGGGGAUCUGCAGUUCAUGACGGCGGGGAGGGGCAUCGUGCAUGCGGAGAUGCCGGCGAAGGAGGAGAAUGAGGGGAUGCAGCUGUGGGUGGAUUUGCCGGAGGAAUUGAAGGGGUGUGAGCCGCGGUAUCGCGAUUUAAGAGCGGCGGAGGUGCCGCGAGUGGAGGCGGAUGGGGGGAGGGUGAAGGUGAAGGUGAUUAGUGGGCGGAGUUACGGGACGGAGAGCGCGAAGGAGUUGGCGUAUACGCCAGUGUGGUUCCUCGAUGUGGAGAUGCAGGCGGGCGCGAAGUUCGAGCAGGAGGUGCCGGAUGGGUGGACGGCGUUUGUGUAUCUGAUGGACGGAGCGGCGAAGUUCGGCGCGGAUACGGAGGGGAGGGAGGUCAAGAAGUUCGAUAUUGCGGUGUUCAAGCCGGAGGGAGAUGAGAUCCUGGCGAGCACGGCGGAGGGCGAGACGGCGAGGUUCAUCGUGGUGGCAGGCAUGCCGCUCGAUCAGCCGAUCGUGCAAUACGGGCCGUUCGUCGUCACAUCGCGGGAGGAGGUGUAUCAGGCGAUGGAGGAUUAUCAGUCGCACGCCAAUGGGUUUGAGAGGGCGAAAAAUUGGGGAAGCGAGAUUGGGAAGCGCAUGGAGCACUGAUUCCGCCAGGCCGGCGAACACUGGGAACACUGGGACUUCGGCUUAGUGUGAGAGAUCUUUAUCGCCAGAUGAAUCACGGCCAUUUUCUAGAUAUGCUUAUACUUGUUCCUGUAUAUAUAUGUACUAGAUUGUAAUAGACUCUGUCCUCUCAAUUUGGA